AAUCUUCGCGAGCGGGGAAGCGGGCAUGGCCGUUCCUCAAUCUAUUUGUACUCCAAAGUCGGUUGGCCUCAGUGUGGAUGUAAACUCCUAUGAACUGCAUCUACUGGCCGGAACCAUGGCUCAUAUGAUCGGCCAUAAUAUCGGCAUGGCUCAUGAUAAACCUGAUUGUUUAUGCAAUGACUGGCACGGCUGUAUAAUGAACCCCUCCAUAGUAGGACUGGAAAAUGUUCAACCCUAUAAAUUCAGUGCCUGCAGUUUGGAUGAUUACAAUAUGGCGCUCAGAACUGGAAGAGGACUUUGUCUGCUCAAUAAACCUAAUGAGUUGGAAGCACGUCGCACUUGUGGCAACAAUAAGAUAGAAGAGGGCGAGGAUUGUGACUGUGGUCCUAUAGAGCAAUGUGCCGACAAGUGCUGUGACCCCAUCACUUGCAAACUCAGGAAGGAUGCUGAAUGUGCCUCUGGGCCUUGCUGCAAUAAUGCCGGCUGAGGCCAAGCGGUGUGGUAUGUCGGGAGGCAAGCAACGAGUGUGACCUCCCCGAGUUCUGCACAGGUGAGAGUGGGC